ACAGCUGCUCGUUGCUUUAUAUUUAUUUUCAAUUGUGAAAUUGUUAAAGCUAAUAGGUCGAUAAGGUGCAAUAAUGUUUGAAGCACGUCUGGGCAGCACUUUGCUGCUAAAGAAAAUAGUCGAUGCAUUACGUGAUAUGCUUAAUCAGACAACGCUCGACUGCAGCGAUUCGGGCAUACAGUUACAAUCUAUGGACAAUUCGCAUGUUUCACUGGUGGCGCUUUCCCUACAAGUCGAUUGUUUUGAGAAAUAUCGCUGUGAUAAAAAUGUUUCCCUGGGUGUGGAUCUGAAAUCCUUGGCCAAGGUGCUGAAGUGCGCCAGUGGCGAUGAUGCAGUUACUAUCAGUGCUCCGGAUAAGGCCGAUAAGCUCGGACUAAGCUUUGAGUCGUUAAACAAAGAACGCUUUGCAGACUAUGAGCUGCGCCUGCUGAAUCUGGAUCAAGAGCAUCUGGGCAUACCGGAUACGGACUAUUCAUGUGUGGUACACAUGCCUGCCACGGAAUUUGCACGUAUUUGCCGUGACAUGACCACGUUUAGUGAAUCCGUGACAAUAGUCUGCAGCAAAGAUAGCAUCAAGUUCACUGCCAAUGGCGAAAUGGGAACGGCAAACAUAAAGUUGACAGAAACGAGCAAAGGAGAUGUUAGCCUGCAAGUGGAUGAUCCUGUAACCCAAAGCUUUGCUGGACGUUAUCUUAACACAUUUACACGCGCUACGCCGCUCUCGGAGCGAGUAAAGAUUGGCAUGGCAGCCGAUGUGCCAUUACUGGUGGAAUAUCCAAUUGAGGAUUUUGGCUAUAUACGUUACUAUUUGGCUCCCAAAGUGGAUGAUCCAGAAGCGUAAAUGCAAUUUAUUAACAAACU